AUGGCGGUGUUAAGAGCGUUGUGUAAGACAAAUGUUUUACCGCUUCACAAACAAUUGUGCUCGGUUUCAGUACUACAAUCACAUUACUUUGCUUCCAAAUCAACAACUGCCUCGUCGGCGUCGAUAUCAUCCCAGGAUCUUAGCGAGAAAUCAAGAUUGGACAGCGACGGGUAUCCCGUGCUUGAUUUGUCCUUCAGUAAUGGGAAGGAAGCGUAUCGCAGUAAGACUACAGCGGAGCUGGUCCGGGCUCUCUUCGUUUUCAACAUGUGCUCCAUACCGGCACUUGUAACUCAUAAUAAUAAGUUGCUGAAAUGGAGUCGACGUAUUCUUGGGGGGACCUUGUUCCGUAUGAUGAUGAAGGCAACAUUUUAUGGUCACUUUGUGGCUGGAGAGGACCAGGUUGCAAUAAGACCACUGGUCAGUAGGAACAAACAGUUUGGAGUGAAGUCAAUUUUGGACUACAGUGUUGAGGAAGAUCUCUCCACAGAGCAGGCAGAGGAGGCAGAGAUGAAGAGCUGUGUAUCUGAUCAUCAACCGGAUGACAUAACAUCACUAGAUCCCGACAAACAAAAGUUUUUGGCCCACAAAAAGUUUGGAGAUCGCCGUAGCAAGGUUAUAUCAGCAAGGACAUAUUUCUAUGAGGAUGAAGCCAACUGUGACACAAACAUGGAGACUUUCCUCAGAUGUAUAGAUGCUGUGGCAGGAGCUACUGAGGUGAACACUGGGUUUGUUGCUAUCAAGAUGACAGCUCUUGGAAGACCAGAGUUUCUGCUGCAGAUGUCUGAUGUGCUGGUGUCAACAAGAACCUUCUUUGAGAAGUUUGCGGGUAACAAAGGUGACAUCCUUCUAAGAAAGUUUCGUGAGGAAGACUUUAAAAAGCAGUUGGAGGCCAUGGGAGUACAAAUCACACGGGAUGACAGGAAGCGCUGGUUCUCAGUUCUAGACAUCUCACAAGAUGGUGAGGUGGACCUUCUGGACUGGGACAACCUGUUAGAGGUCAACAUGAGUUUGUCCAAGGUUUUUGUGGUACCCGAUGAGGAGACAGGGAAACUGAAGCCUUUAGUCACCUCUCUGUCAACAGAAGAAGAAGAGCAGAUGAAAAACAUGUUAGGACGCCUCAACAUGAUUGCUAAGUAUGCCACAGAGAAGGGUGUGAGAGUGAUGGUAGAUGCUGAACAAACUUAUUUCCAACCUGCCAUAAGUCGCCUGUGUAUGGAAAUGAUGCGAAGGUUUAACAGGGAAAAGGCAGUUAUCUUCAACACCUACCAGUGCUAUCUGAAGAGUGCUUACAAUAAUGCCUGUUUGGACAUGGACCUGGCCCGUAGAGAGGACUUCCACUUUGGAGCCAAGCUGGUUCGGGGUGCAUACAUGGAACAAGAGAGAGAGCGAGCACAUGAAAUAGGCUAUGAGGAUCCCAUCAAUCCUAGCUACGAGGCAACCUCAGACAUGUACCACCAAACUCUGGAGGAGGUGAUGAGACAAAUAAACUGCAGAGAUCGGGGGAAGAUUGCAGUGAUGGUGGCUAGUCACAAUGAGGAUACAGUUAGAUAUACCGUAGAAAAGAUGAAGGAAUUCAAAAUUCGACCGUCUGACCGCCUCAUCUGUUUUGGCCAGCUAUUGGGCAUGUGUGAUCAAGUCAGUUUCCCGUUAGGCCAAGCUGGUUACUCUGUGUACAAAUAUGUACCUUAUGGUCCUGUGGAGGAAGUGCUUCCAUAUCUAUCUCGUCGUGCGAUGGAGAACCGUGGCAUCCUCAAAAAAGUGAAAAAGGAGAAGAAUCUCCUGUGGGGGGAAUUGAAGAGAAGGAUAUCAUCAGGUCAACUUACAUACAACCCAAAAAAUCAUGUUCAAUCGCCAUGACACUAUCUUUGUAGAUAGAGGAAUAGGAUUUCUGCUGGGAAUACAACCUCUGGUGUCUGUCUCCAUUGAAGUAUGUUAAUUCAAUGAAGGACUGUGUCUCCUAGAUAGAAAAAAAUGGUAGAUAUAGAUUAGAAUAGUUAGGGUUUUUAAUUUAUUAGGAAUGAUAUAUUACUGCUCCUUUGCAAUGCAAGGGGCAGCUUUCAGUCUCGGUAAAAUCUCAGGAAGAGGUCAAAAUCUAAUUGAAAGCACAUGUUGUAAUACAUUUGCCCACAUAUGUAUUGACUAUUUGAGGAACUGAUCCUGCUGUUUCGUAGUUAGGUAAGAGUCUGAUGUCUUUGAUUAGUUUAGAAACUCUUUAGUAGCUCUACAUUUAUAGCAGCUACAUGGCAAAUUAUAUCUAACGGAGCUUAACAUGUGAAAAUUCUGUUAUUAAGAAGACACAUUUGAUUCCAUGGAGACAGAAUACAUUAAUCAUAGAAAUUAUUAUCCUAUUUGUUUGACUAGAAUUUUAUCUUCAUUAAAUGUUAAAACUUUAAAGCAACAGUUGAGAUUAUAAUAUGGAAAAAAUAAUUAUAUAAUGACAUGUUGCUGUUGUCGUAUUCACAAUCAAACAUGUUCAUUCUUCUAAUUAUUGAAAUUCUUUUGAUCAAUUCAAAAUGAAAUGACAAGCAUUGUCUCUAGUUGGAAUUUUUUCUGAUAAGUUUCAAACAGUAACAAAUCAAUAAUAGAUACCAUCAUUUGUUGUAACUUUUCAUUCGAUCCACUGUCCUUGCUAGAAUUCCUACAGCAGUUUAUUUCUUUUGUCUUUUGAAAUAUUUUUAAAUAAACUAAUGUUGAAUGUGGGAUUUCUAUUCCCAUGAUUCAUGAGAAAUUGUUUAGUUUAUCAGAAAAAUGGGUUAAGAUAGGUUACUUUGAGAUUGAUAUAGUUAUAUAUGGAUAUAUAUAUAUAUAUUUAUAUAUAAAUUUAUUAUAUACAUAUGUAUAAUACAUAUUAGCAAUAGAAUAUACAUAUUGGUAUGACUAUGCUGCCCUUUUGUGUACAAUGUACAUGUAUACACUCAUAAAAAGAGCAAUGUAACCUGCUUUGUAUAAGUACAUGAGGCUCUCUCACUCAUUCCUAUUACCUUACUUACCUAAUGUAAAAGUCACUGAAGCUUGUUUUUUAAUCAUAUGUUAUAGGAUUUUUCCCUUCAUUCCCUGCUAUAUGUACUAAAUACCUCCUUAAACCUUCUUUUGAUCCACCAUGUCCCCAACAAAUUCCAACCUACCUAUCAAUUAUACUAGAUAUUUGAUUGUUUGUCCAUCAAGCUACCAUCUUCUUUCUAUCUAUCACUGAAGCUGGUAACUGGUAUCUCUCCUACCACCUACCCUCGGUCUAUUAUUUUACAAAAUGUAGGUAAUGUGUGAAGGUAAGAAAAUAUCCUUUAGCCAUUUAUUCUUCCAACUUCUGUCAUUUUAUUGUAAUUUAUGGGUUAUGUUUUUUAAGCAUCUGUUGCCUUAGCAACAAAUUGAAAAUACCUUGUUUUAUGUAUGGUUUACAAUUUAUGCUCCCCUAAAAUUUACAAAGGGGCAUAUAGUUAUCGCCUCUUCCAUAUCUCAGUCUUUCUGUUCAUUUUUGUCCGGAGCAUAACUUAACAGUUAAGCAGUAAUCAUGAAACAUUGAUCUUUUUAAACUAAUGUGCAGUGUACCACAUCCAGGGCCCUCAACCCCUCUGUUACAGAGUUAUUGCCCUUUGUUAAAAAUAUUCUUGUGCAUAUAAUUUCUUUGUUUGCAUGAAAGCUAAGAUAAUGAAACUUGAUACAUGCAUUAGUCAUAGAAAGACAAUGUUCAUUUUACCAAAUUCAAAGCCUACAAAUCCUCAAUUACAGAGUUAGUACCCUUUGUAAACCUUUUUGGUUCAGAGAACAACUUUGCUUUCAUUUAAACUGAGAUAAUGAACCUUGGUAUAUACAACAUAUACAUACUAACAGGGUACACAGUGCCUGAAACCCUGAAGUACAGAAUUAUUGCUCUGCGUUAAUAUUUUGUGUCCAAUAAUCAGUUAUUCCUUCUCAGUGCACCUUCAUUACAAGGUGGACUGUUAAAAUUGUUCUUCUUCCGUAAUUCGUCGUCUGUCCAUCUGUCCUUGAAAAAAUCUUGUUAUUGUUAUUUCUUGAAAAUGCUAGCUGAGCAUUUUGCUAAUCAUAGAUAGGUUCUCAUUGUUCCCUUGUUAUGCAUUGUCCCAUAUGGGACCGAUCUUAUAAAAGCCAAUAUGCUCGUAAGGCGGUUAUCAUUGAUUUUAACCUAAAAUCUUUGUUAUCACCAUUUACUGAGGUUUGAAUUAUGCAGGAUGAAUUAUUCUCAAAUUUCAUUUGUUGCAUCCACUUGGUCUCUUGUUACACGUUGCCCAAUUUUGGGAAUGAUCUGAAAACAAAAUGGACAUUUCUCGGGUCAUUCUCAAAUUUCAAAUGCAGGUUCUCUUUGGUUCAUUUUGAUAUCGAGCAAUUAAUCAAGAUGGAUGAUGAAUGGCCAUCCUCAUUUUUUGUUUCUAGAGAAGUAUUCUGUGGACCUUUCUAAAAUGUAGGUAGGUUCCCUUUGGUCCAGUGUUGUGCCAACAAGAACAAAACGGCUGACAUUGAAUUUCACCUAUGAAAAAUUGUUUCUUUUUAUUUGGAUGUAAUCUUGCCCAAAUUUUAUAUGUAAGUUUCCCAAGGUCCCUUGUGCCAUUUUGAUGUUGAGACUGAUCAGAAAACAAAAAUAGCAGCGAAGCGACUUCAUAUACAUAUGUACCUUGGAUUUGAUUAUUAAAUAUUAUUUUUGCUAUUUCUUUAACAAAAAGUAUUCAUAAUUUCAUAUAACUGAAAACGAAAAUUGGAACAAAAAAUAACAACCUGUCAUUAAAAAGAAUAGCAAACAAAGAAAAAGAUCAAACUUUCAAAGAAAAAAGUACAGACCAAACAAAGAUGUGCGCCAGGACCCCUCUUAUCCUCUAUAGAGAGAAGCAGUUUUUAAGUACAAAUUAAACUUUGUUACAUCAAGACGGUACCCAGUAGGUUGUGACAGACCUGUUAAAGUAUGACCGAUGUUUUACUAGCAAUAUGAGGUUAUAACCAUUUUGUAAUGUUUAAUGAAAUACAAGGUUUUUUUGUACUUUACAAUAUUUUUUUUUAUUUUUUUUUUUUUUUUUUUUGAAUCUCUUCUAAUGGUGUUUGUUUUUGAGAUUAUAUGUUCAACACAUUUUAUUAAUAUAUUAAUAUGAAUAUCAAUUAAUGUGUUAUUGUGAAUUGUCAGAACCCUGUCAGUUAUACAUGAUCUAUGCAUUUGCGAUAAGUAAUGAUCUAGUGAAACAAACAUAAAAGCUAACUUGAUAUCUGAAUUAUGUUAAGUAUAUCUUCACCUUGAAAUGUGUUGUCAAAUGUUUUUUUCUGAAUGAAACCGAUCAAAUCUGCUUCAGAAACUAGACUUUCGUUUGAGAGAAUUGGUAUUUUUUAUUAUCCAUUAAAACACUAAUGAUUCAUUGACAGAUCAAUGGGCUUUUUGAAAGCUUUUACAAACCAUUCUAUUUACUGACUUUUAUAUAUUAGAUCUGGUGUUACUGUGUUGGUAUUUUUCACCUAUUAAUUACUUGAUGUUAGUUCAUUAUUCUAUCAUGUCGUAUUGUUAUUAUGAUUUUCUGUUUGUCUCUUCAGACCUUAUUGAUACAAAUAUGCUACCAUUGUUAUAUUGUUUUUCUUUUCUUUGCAUCUUUGAUUACACUUGUUAAAGCAUCCAUAUUUUUUUACAUUUUUCCUCUAAAAGUGAGAUUAUCAAAAACAAAUUGUUAUUUUUUUAUUACUGUUUGUUUAAUAUAUAUUGUACAUUUGAUGUCAAUAUCUGGUAUAUUCUUUGUUUUAGCUACACAGUGUACGAUGUUUGCGUUAAACCCUUGGUUUUUACAGUGAUAAGAUAACAAUAUACCUUAGCUGAUUGGAUCAAAGUUUUGUAUUUAUCUUGUUAGGAGGGGUAAACACCAGUCGAAUAUACAUGUAUAUAUGAUAAAUGAAGUAAUAAGACAGUACGGACAAGUGAAUUGUCAAAUUGUUGAGUCAAUCUGCCCCUUUAUCAAGACAAAAAAAUUAUUACAUAAAUUACAUCACAUACUUAGAACAUAAAACAGAUAUGAAGUUGUAAACAAAAAUCCAGAACAGUAGUGUAAAUAUAGGUGUUUUGAUAAUCCCUUUGGCCAUGGACGCAAAGGCCUUUUGUCAGGGACAAAAACAUCUCAUGUGGAGGUAUGAAAGAUGAUGAUUCAAAUAUCAAAAAUGUUUGAUUAGGUCUCGGUACUUGUGAACUGUGGCCACUGAGUGUAUAUGUGAUUGGAGAGAAGAAUAUGAAGUAAUAAUGUACUGUUGUUAUCACUUCAUUGAUCAUAUAUCUAUUCCGACAAUAUGCAUCCAACGAACAUUUGUUUGUUAGGAUCCACUACCAAUAUUGGACCAUACCGUCGAUAUUACUGACUAGAAUCUGUAUAUAUAUAUGUGUGUGUGUUGUGUGUGUGUGUGUCACAUCAUGUAUUCAAAUUGAAUUGCUUUUUUAAGACAGCAUUAUAUUUUUCCUUAAUUGUGCGAUCAAAUUAUUUUCCUUCAUAAUAUCAGAUGAUACUUGUGUUUUGAUGGUAUUAUCUCACCAGUCCACGAGACAGUUAGACUCUUUUGAUUAUAGUGUAGUGUAACUUAAGUUAUUGUGAGCAUUGUGAGAUUCUCCAUUACAAUCAGUCAUUAUUUUGCCCAGUCAACCGUCAUGCUAUUCCCGUACAAUGCCAAAAAUUUAGAAGAAGCGAACGGGUGUCCGAAGAAAACGGUUUUUAUUGUUUUUCACCGUUUUCAGUCUUCACUGAUUUAAGAAACUCUACUGUUAAGUUUUAUGUGCCACUUUUUUCAGUUACGAACCAUGUUUGAUGUUAAGUUUUCAAACUUGUUUCCUGUAUGGAAUGCAUUUAUUUUGCGUUUACAUAUAUUUUGUUCAGUUGCAGUGCUUCUAUCUGGUAUCUUUAUCCAUAAUGUCUAUAAUAAAGUUAUAUACAUUUUUGUGUAUGUUCAGUUAUCUAAUUUUAUAUAGGUAAUUUGUAGAUAUUACCCAUUAUGUUUAAAUCUGUGUUAAAGCUGUUUUGUUACUAGAAAUAAAUGCUUUCCACAUCA